AUGUUGCUGGUGAUCUGCCUGAUGUGUGGAAUUCCCUGGCUGUCGCUCUACGAUCUGCUCCUCUUUUCUGCUGGAAUGAUGCUGCACAUGAGCUUCCUGGCCUUCAACUGCCUAGAGUUCUUCGCCGUCUCUUGGCACUUCAUGCGCCCCCAUAACUCCCUCGCUCGGCCGCUUCUCAGAGGGUGCGCAGUUGUGGCAGCGCUGGCCAGCGUGCUGGGCCAUGGGUGCGUGGUGCUCUUUUACUUGGCUUCCUUCCAUCUCUACCAAGCAUGGUCACCGCUCCUGGUUCUGAUCUUCCUCCAGCUUUGCCUCGUCUGCGAGAACCUGCACAACGUCCACUACGUCUGGAACCUUGCGGCGCGCACGCAGACGUCGGAGACCGAGCUGCCGUCUCUUCACACCGAGCUGCCUACCAUGUUGGGAAGCCACGGCUUGGCCGACGGCGGAUUCAGGGACGAGAAGCCACGGACGAGCCUGGCCAUUCCGUGA